AUGCCCUUCCUGUUCUAUCGAUACGGCGCCGCUAUCCGCGCGCGCUGCCACUAUGCCACCGAGUCUGACGCGUUCAUGGAGGCACUGUUCGGCAAGAUGAGCCAUUCCAACCCGCAGGACUCGAAAGAGGAGCCAUUGACGGCGAAGGCGAGGAGACCGGGCAGGAAUCCGAACAGCGCCAAUAGGUAA